AUGCCACCGGCGAUAUCCAAAGACGGUUAUUGCCCUGCCUCCACCACUAACCUUCAAUGCGACGAACCGUGCACGUCCGAUGGAUCCUGCUCGGGCAACAAGAAGUGCUGUCAACUAAGUUGUGGAAUGAGCUGUGUGGACCCAAAUGCGAACCAUCCUGGCGUUAAACUGGGAUUCUGUCCGUUCGUCAACCCUAAUGUCUCCACUAUGUGCCUGCAGACAUGUUCGUCUGAUUACUCCUGUGCUGGAGAUACGAAAUGCUGCUCCUUCGGUCAGUGUUCGAUGAGAUGUAUGGCUCCUGAAGCCGCCCCUCAGGCGCAAAGAAAAACGGGCGAUUGUCCGUCAUCUCAAGAUGCCCGAGGACGGCCAGACACAAUCCAGUGUAUAUCUGACUAUGCCUGUCCCGGUGCCGAAAAGUGCUGCCGUAUAGGGAAUGCCGUUCAGUGCAGUGCUCCUGCCCAGGACUCAGCGAUGAAGGAUGGAGCUUGUCCUGCAUUAACCAGCACAUCUCCGGUAUGCAUCCGUCGCUGCUCCAGCGAUUCGAAUUGUCCAGGCAACCAGAAGUGCUGCGCAGCGGGAUGCAGCUCGCAGUGCGCUGCGCCUUCGUUCAGCGACGCGCCGAGGUUGAAUCCUGGACACUGCCCUUACGUUGAACCUCAUGUUCUGCUGCCCUGUACCGUCAACUGUACGGCGGAUUCCGAAUGCGGUACUGAUAUGAAGUGUUGCGAGUACGGUUGCGGAAUGCGAUGUUUGAGAUCGCAACCGUUCCCACCCACGACACAGAAAGACGGCAGCUGCCCAAGUCAGCCAGCCGUGAAUCCCCUGUAUGUCGUUCCUAAUGGCAGAUUUUGGUUCAAAACAAAGGAAAUCCCAUCCAGAGAAACAUUUGGGUACAGGAAUUGUCGUAACGAUGGUCAGUGUCCGGGGACAUUGAAAUGCUGUGCUUCGUCAGUCGGAGGCACCGAAUGUAUAACGCCUGUUUAA